CAAUUCAGAGCAGAAAGAUUAUCCGGACCAAGGAUGACUCGAUGCUUUUUCUCUUCACUACCCAGGUAUCCCACCCCUCUCCCUUGCAAGCACACCUCUCCAUGAUCCUAUACAACCAUCAUGCCUAUCUCCUGGCCACCUACAUCCAUCCCAAACGAAUUUGGCAUUGCCACUCUCUCUCUCGGCAAUGCCAUUCACCAUAAACUUCAACCCCGCCUCGAAGCCGCAGCGAAAGCGGGUUACCGUUGGAUCGACCUCUUCGACGAGUGCUGGGCAGCCUACCUCGAGGAACAUGGACUUCCUGGUGACAAGCUCUGGGAAGCGACCCCUGACAACUUGCGGAUUGCCCGUAAGCUCGGCGAUAUAGUCAAGUCACUAGGUAUGCGUAUCGCAUGCACCCAGCCUCUACGCUGCAUUGAGGGUAUCAAGGAUCCAGCGGAGCGACGAGCCACGCUGGACCUUGUUGCGAAGCGCUUCCCGUUCAUGCGUGCCUUUGACACCGACCUUGUGUUCAUGUGUGCGAAUAUUCGUACCGAUACUGGCGUCACCUCCGACCUGAAAACAGUCGCGCGCGAUCUCGCAGAACUAGGCGAUAUGGCCAAGGCAUACUCCGAUGCAGAUGGCGGUCCUCUGCUGCGCGUCGGCUACGAGGGUCUCUCCUGGGCGGUGCGAAAUACCUGGGCAUCCACCUGGGAAGUUGUGAGAAUGGCUAAUCGCCCCAACGUGGGUCUUAUAAUUGAUGCAUACAACGUGCUGGGUGUGGAAUAUGCAGAUCCGUACAAUCCCGCAGGCCAUGGCCGCAUCUACCCGACUGUGGAGGAGUCCACCGAUGUGCUGUGUGCAUCUUUAUCGUCCCUGGUAGCUUCCGUGCCUGGAGACCGCAUCUUCUUCUUCCAGGUGGGUGACGCGGAGCGAAUGGAUCCUAAGAAAUUCCUUCCGCCGACAGACCCCAAGAUACCUGCUCUGCUACCGUGGUCACGCGGGCAUCGGUUGUUCCCGUUUGAAUCAGAGCGCGGGGCGUAUAUGCCAGUUCAUCUGGUUGCAGCCGCGGUGGUGGCGACUGGAUACAAGGGACCAAUGUCCCUGGAGGUAUUUAACAAUUCGCUGAACGUUCCUGGUGAGCAAGUUGCACCUGAACAUGCGGAGCGGGGGAUUACAGGGCUUCGCAAGCUAGCCGAGGCGAUUCUUCAUGUCCCAGCGUAUUGGGAAAUGUGGCAGCAGGGAAUCAGGACCACGCGGCAGGGUCGUUUAUAGUCGUGCAGCGUGACUGUCACUGGUAAAAACAUAAUUAUUAUAUAUCAGACUUUAAAAUAUUUAGCGUCUGAAAUUUGAUCAUACAUCCGUUUUCUUCACAUAGA